UAAUAUUCCCGCUGUGAAAACAGAGAAGGAGAAGGAAAGAACGAGAAGAAAAGACAGAGGAUGAGAGAGUUGUACUAGGAUUUUAGGCGGGUUUUAAUAUCCCACUCUUCAACUCCACCUCUCCCUCUCUCUCUCUCUCUCUCUCUCUCUCUCUCUCUCAAUUUGGAGUUUCUGAUUCUGGCGGCCAUGUGGAGAUCACCUGCAAUGUCUUUUCUGGUUGGCCGGUUAACUCAGCUUGGAGUGGUCAGGGUCCAGACCUUGAACAAAUCCAAUUACGGUACUAUGUUGUUGCAAUCUCAGAAACCCAACCAAAGCGCUACAUCAACAGCUGUGGCAUCAUAUCAGGAAGAAUGCAACAGCCAAACUACGAGUCGAGAGCGUCAAAUUGGGGAGAAUGUUCCCAGGAAGGACAAGGUCAAUUUUCUUGUGAAUACACUUCUCGAUAUCAAGGACAGUAAGGAGGCUGUUUAUGGUGCUCUAGAUGCCUGGGUUGCAUGGGAGGAAAGCUUUCCUAUUGCAUCACUUAAGAGGGCAUUACUUGCUCUUGAGAAGGAACAUCAAUGGCAUAGAGUUGUUCAGGUGAUUAAGUGGAUGCUAAGCAAGGGGCAGGGAACCACAAUGGGAACAUAUGGCCAACUAAUAAGAGCUUUAGAGAUGGACCAUAGAGCAGAAGAAGCACACAAGUUUUGGGAGCGGAAAAUUGGGAUAGAUCUACAUUCAGUUCCAUGGCAGUUGUGCAGACGCAUGAUAUCUAUAUACCAUCGAAACAACAUGCAAAAGAAUCUUGUAAAGCUCUUCAAGGACUUGGAAGCUUUUGAUCGAAAGCCUCCAGAGAAAUCGAUAGUGCAGAAAGUGGCAGAUGCAUAUGAGAUUUUGGGCUUACUUGAAGAAAAAGAGAGGGUGCUGCAGAAGUACAAUGAUCUUUUCACUGAAGAUGCAUCCCUCAGGACACGUAGGAAAGCCCCACCCAAGAAAAAGAAGAAAUAAGGUAAGGCCUUGUAGACCAUGUUUGAGGCGAUGCAUCCCUUCCUUCAGAGACUACAAUUUACAGCAAUUGGAAAUUAUCAAUUUUUGACAUGGCGCAAGAUCAGAUAGCCACCCUGGCAAUGCGGAGAAAUUGAGACAAUGUCCAAUAGUAUUUGUGUGUAAAGUGUUGGAAAAUCUUUGAAGCCCUUCUGACAAAGACGCUAACUUUGGCAACUUAAAAACAAAAACACAAUGUUUGGAGGUUCAUGCUUAAGCGGUCGUUCCCUUGAGUCGGAUCACGUUGUCAUAAUUGUCAAUCCGCAGUCUGAUAUGGUUGAGAGAACAAUUUUCCACCGCCUGUAAUUCUAAUAUUAUUGGAAGGGCUGUUAAGCCAAGCAACCAAAACAAAGAUUCAGAGCUUAAAGUUGGAAGAGAAGUGAAGAACCCUAUUCAAUUAGCCAGUAAACAGUUGUUUCGUGGUUUUCUUAUGCUGAUAAUUUUUCUUGUUUCGCUUGACAGCUCUUCUAGUGCUUCACAUUCUCCAGCGCCUAAAAGUUACAGAUUUUGCUGCUCGCAAUGGAACUAGCGAGUUUCAUACUUCUUGAGAUUCCGAGACAAGUGUAAGAAUUUUAAAUGCUUCAUGGUACUGUUUGAACUUGGGUAUUGCUUUGCUUCAAAACAUGAAUUACUUUACAGACCGUAAGUACAUGAACCUCGAGACAAGAAGAUUAGGUCAUAUAGUUUGAUAAUACGACAAAUGAUGCCCGAUUAAGGAAGAUAUCUUUUAUUACUAAGCAUGCGACCAAAUAGUGCAAGAUCAUGUGAUGGGUUUAAAAUAUUGAAUUGAGGGUCAUGUAUACAGUGAUUGCUGAUAUCUUGAACAUGUACCAGUGGUCACAAGGAUCUCACUUCCAUUGACAAAUUUUUCGACUCAAUCCAUUUCUCCCGAUCCGCAUACAUCAUCCAAUAAAUUUGCUACCAUUCGAAUUAUAUCUCAAAAGGUG